UACACAUAUAUAUGCUCUCUAAGAACAUACACAAGAUCUUUCCUCCUAUAUUCUCCUACUUUCUGCUCUCUUGCAUUUGCUUUCUUCUUGACUCCUGAAAAUCCCACAUUUCUUUCUACUUCAAGAUCAAAAAUGAAUGAAUACAGAGAUAACAAGACAUGUUAUCUCCAUCCUAGGGAAGUGGUUAUAGGGAUUUGUGCUCUGUGCUUGAAUGAAAGGCUGCUGGUCUUAGCCUCACAGCAGGAACAGCUUCACCAAGCCAACAACAGCAACAAUCAUAGAACUCACAGUUUUACUCAUAGGAGAAAUCCCAUGAAUUUGCCAAGGAUCUUUGCUCUCAGUUCUUUGCUCAAUCGCCUUGAUCUUAGGCACAGAAAGUCAGAUGACCAAUACCACUGUGAGAGUUCAAGCAGUCAAGAAGACUCAUUCAUAUCCAUCAAGUUUGAAGACAAUGGUGCUGCUUCAUGGGAGAAGAGCAAAGAACUCCCAAAGAUGCCUAUGCAGCAUAGCAACAUGUCAUUGCAGCAAAGCUUGAGCAAAGGGGCUGGUGAUCUAGGGGUCAAGGCUGUGAUAGAGCAUCCAAAUCCACGUGGUUCGAUGAGGUGGCGAAAGCGGAUUGGACAUUUGUUCCAGCUCAUCAGAUGGAAGAAGUCCAGUAAAGGAAAUGUAUGCCAUGUGGGAACCAAGAUUGACGGAGUGAAGGUGAGACAUGGAUGGAUAAGAACUCUGACAAAGAGAAGGACCAAAGAAUAAAGGGUUUUUUGUACAGAAACAGGUGCUCUCUUGCUUUGCUCCACUACUCCUAACACUGACAUUGGUGUGUAUUAAGGCUGGACCUCAACUAUGUAAAGUGAUAUAAGAUGAGAUAGCUAGCAAAUCAAAUUGUGAUUCAACAAAAAAAAAAAAAAGUCCAAAUUGCGUUCAAAUUAAAUUGAUAAAUGAUUUGCUUUGAUUUUGUAUCUCAAAAUGUAUACGAAGUUUGAGAAAGGAAUAAUGAUCUUUGAUUGAA